CGCUAAAACCUUCGACACGUUAUACUCGCGGCUUCGCUUUCCCGCGAGUAAGACGCGUGUGUCAAACAGAAAGUGCUACAAGUGCGAAAUCAGUGGUUUUUGUGUUUUUUUUACCGUGCGGUGGAUAAAACGAGCAAAUCUGGAGCGUCACAGUAGUUCAAAGAGCGUCCGCGUGUGUGAUGCAGCGAUGCGGGCGGCGGUGAGGGCGGCGGUGCUGUGCGUCUGCGCGCUGCUCCUGCACCACGCUGAGGCGGAGCUUCGUGGGCGAUGUCCGGCGGCCGACGGAGCAUGUCCGGCGCGGGCUGCACCCUGUACCACGGACGACGAGUGCGGGGAGCAGAUCUGCUGCACCACCACCUGCGGACAAGUCUGCGUUGAUCCAUUGUAUACAGGUUGUGAAAACAUAAGGCUCUCAACAGAGCGUAUAUCUCGUGCACUGGCAGCUGAAGGCAGCCGCGGCGGACGUGGUCUUCAAAAGUCGGUGCGAUCUCCUCGCUGCAGGGUCUCUGAUGGGGAGUUCGAACAGAUACAAUGCGACAAUGAGAUCGUCAGCUCUUGUUGGUGCGUCGACGAAGCCGGGUUCGAGGUGGCCGGCACUCGUGCUCCAGCCGCAAGCCUCGUGAACUGCACUUUGGCCGCUCCAUGCGCAGCUCACACAUGCCGUAUGCUGUGUCCACUCGGCUUCGAGCUGGACCCGCAAGGGUGUCCGCUCUGCAAAUGUAGAGAUCCAUGCACUUCUAUUACAUGUCCUGGACAGUUGUCUUGUCAGUUGGAAGAGACCCCGUGCUUGAGACCGCCGUGCCCGCCUGUACCUACAUGUAAACGUGGAAGAAGUCUUCAAAACAUUUGUCCCGUCGGUGAGCCUCUUCUGAUAUCAGAAACAAGUCGACCAUUCCUCUGUGGCACGGAUCCUGGCAAACCCAACUGUCCACCACUGUAUAGAUGUUUAGUUGACUCAGGAAACGACUAUGGGGUAUGUUGCCCAGCAUCCCUCGAACUCAGGAAGGCUGGAACAUGUCCAGCACAGAACGCGUCAGACCUAGAAUGUGGUACUCCUUGCGCGCACGACUUAGAAUGCCCAUCCAUGCAGAAGUGUUGUGAUGGCGGGGAAUGUGGGAGACAUUGUACACUACCACAUAAUGUGACAAUGUGUACACAACAGAAAAUGCUGGCGGAAUUGCUGGUGAUCAGUGAGAAGGAAGGCAGGGGGUAUGUGCCGCAGUGUGCUGCUGACGGGUCCUUCGAGUCGAAGCAAUGUUCGAGGAACGGUUUAGUUUGCUGGUGCGUAGACUCAGAAGGCAACAAACUCCGUGGGUCUAUGGGACCUUCGACUGGUGUCCAAUGCUCCCCCCUCCCGCGGCCCGCCCGCUCCGGCGCCAGGAGUCUUACGGCGUGCGCGCGCGCACUCUGCGCGGGCGUCUGCGAAUACGGUUACAAAACCGGGGCAGACGGCUGUCCAAGUUGCGAGUGUGAUGAUCCGUGUGCGGGUUUCCCGUGCCCUGAAGGAGAGGAGUGUGUCCGAGUUAAAGAAGCGGAGUGUUCGGGAGAACUGUGUACCGGAUAUCCUGUAUGUCGGCCGAGGGUGUCAUACGAGAACCCAUGCGAUAUCGGCGUGCCGGCCUCCGACGAGAGAGGGGCGGUGGUAUCAUGUAGGGAGGGUGAGGAGGAGAGUUGCCCGGCUGGUCACGUGUGCACGCCGACGCGCCGCGACGCUGCCGUCUGCUGUCCAGAUCCGCACGAACUCGACACCACUACUGAGAACGAUCUUCUUGAUAUAAGCUUCGAGUCGUGCGGCGCGGAGGCGGAGGCGGCGUGCGCGCUAAACUCGACGGUGCGGUGUCCGGAGGGCGCGUGCGAGGGCGAGCAGACGUGCUGCUCCACGGCCGGAUGCGGGCCCGUCUGCCUCGACGCCGCCAAGAUGCGGCUCCAGGCCGACCGCGUCGACGACACGCCCACCAUGUGCGAAUACCUCCGCGACUUCGACGAGAAAAUGGAGGGAACAGUUGAUGGUAUGAAGCUGGCGCUGCCCGCGCCCACGUGCGCCGCCGACGGCUCGUACACGCCGCAGCAGUGCGCCGCCGGCCGCUGCUGGUGCGUCGACUCCUUCGGCACUGAGAUACCGGACACCAGCACCACCAACGCCUCCUCCGUCAACUGUGACAUGGUGCGGUCGCGACUGCAGUGCCUGGAGCUGACGUGCCGCAUGGGGUGCGACUACGGGUUCGAGCUGGGCGCGGGCGGGUGUCCGCAGUGCCGGUGUCGGGACGCGUGCGCCGCCGUCAGCUGCCCGGCCGGCCGCGCCUGCGCCGUCGUCGACGUCGCCUGCGACGCUGACUACUGCCCGCCGGUGCCCGCAUGUCUGCCGCGACGUCGGGGCCAGUGUCCAUACUUGGUGCCAGUGGCGCCGGAUGCGGGCGCGUGCGAGUUCUCGUGUCGGUCGGACGGCGAGUGCGCGGCCGGCGAGCGGUGCUGCGCCACCGGCUGCGGGACCGCCUGCACCGCGCCGCUCUACCAGACCGCCUGCCAGCAGGCCAGAGCUCUAACGUUACACAUAGCAGCAGAGAGCGGUAGUCCACCAUCACACACAUGGGUGCCGAACUGCGAUGAAAACGGAGUUUACACCACGGUCCAGUGUCGGGACUCCAACAGCACGUGCUGGUGUGUUGACGCUGUCGGCAACGAGAUUCCAGGUACCAGAGCAGUAAACGGGGAACCAAACUGCGAUUCUCCAGCUCAGUGUCCCGACCCUGGGUGCAAUGAGGAAGUCAUAUGUCCCCACGGGCCGGCACUAGACCAUACUGGUUGUCCAACUUGCGAAUGUAGAGACUUAUGUGCUGAGGCUAAGUGCAGACCUGACGAGACAUGCGAACUCGUGCCUUUGGAGUGUGAGGGCUCGGCGUGCGGCGCGCUGGCGCGGUGCCGGCCGGCGCCGGCGUGCGCGGGCGGGGCGCCGCUGGUGCCCCCGGGGGGCGCGGCCCCGCUGGCCUGCGGGCCCGCCACGGCCGCCUGCCCCUCCACGCACGCCUGCACCUACGCGCCCCACGACACCAGGCCCUCCGUCUGCUGCCCCAAGCCCCGCACGGUGUGUUUCGAAAGCAAAGACGAAGGCAUCUGCGAAGGUACUGAAAAGAUGAACACAACUCGCUGGUACUUCAACCACAAGCACAACCGCUGCGAACGGUUCCAAUACCACGGCUGCUCCGGCAACCACAACAACUUCAAGAGUAAAGAUGAAUGUAACACAGCUUGUCCUGUGGAAGGGGCUACUACCAAAUUGUCCUUAAAGAAGACUUCACCAUCUUCAAAUCCUAAAGGAGAAGUACUGAGUCCUUGUGAGAGACUACGCGAGAGGAAUGAAGCCAAAGCGAAGAAAUAUGGACAAGUGUCCUUCAUACCUAAAUGCGAUGCCAGCGGUCUUUGGGAACCGGUUCAAUGCAUGUUGGAUAUUGAUGUGUGCUGGUGUGUGAGUGCUCACGGUGAGUCACUGAAGGGCUCUAUGGUACGUGGAGCCAAGCCCACCUGCAAUUUCAGGCAAGCCAGGAAAUGGGUACAACGGGAUCCGAUCUACCAACGCGCUAGAGCUGCCGAAGUGCUAGAAGAAUUGAUCAUGCAAAUGACAACAUAUCGAGAAGACGACUUCGAUGACGACGAAGAAGAAGAACUUACCGACAUAGAAAAUCAAAAUCAACAAGAUGAAUCCAAAGAUGAUAAUGUUAAAAGUGAAGACGAAGAUAGUGCAACAGUGCUAUCGGAAGUCGUCGAGCCGCGGACAGAUAUUGCGAGAACUGUCGAUAAGCCUUUAGAAGUUUCUGAUGAGAAAGUAGUAUUUAAAACCAAGUGUCAAAUGAUGCAAGAGGAAAGUGAAAACGGAGCUGAAGGUCCACCUCCGAGAUGCCUAUCAGAUGGAUCGUUCUCCCCGCGACAGUGCUCGCGCGGUCGCUGCUGGUGUGUGGACGCGGCCGGACAGAAACGACCUCAUGCCACGCCCGUUCCGGAUAUUCCCGCUCCGGACCCGUGUGAACAAACGCAAGUAGAGUCAGCAGUGCUGGAGCUGGAGCUACUAGGCGCGGAUGCAGAGGCUGCGGAGCGCGCGAGAUCAGCACUGGCUGCGCGACUGGCGGCACUCGGCGUGCGCGUGCCCGUGUGGGUGCGACGCGAGCCUGCCGCCCUGCGACUGCGUGCACAAUUGUCCGGACCGCGCUCCGCCGACCUCGUGCACCAUGUUGAGAGCCUGGUGAAGCAGGAGAAGCUGGCGGCGAUGCGUGGCGGAGCGCGUGGCUCGCUGGCAGCGGACGUGGUGCGCAGUGAGUACCGGCUGGCCGCACCGCCGCCGCCACCGCUCCACCAGCGGGAGAUACUCACAGAGUCCACGGUAUCAGCAGCAACGUCGUACCAUACAGCGUUGAUAGUACUGGCUGCAACUUCCGCUUUCAUCAUCAGCGUGCUCUGCGUGCUGGUGAUGUUAUACCGCGCCCGAUUACAAAGAGAACCUCACAAAGCCGAGAGGUUCCUUCCUGCAGCACCACCAGUAUAUGUUCUCUCAGCUGAUGAGAAGGCGGAACUGGCGAGGGUACUACACGGCCCUCCUCCGCCUCUCCCCCCGAACAACGACGACGCCCACACGAGAGUAUAACUCGAGCGCUACCCUAUCUACGUUACUUGAGCCACUUCUCACUUCCAAAGUAAACUUAGUACAGGUUAAGAAAUUAGGGUCCAAAUAUUGGCUAGAGUUGAAGUAACGUAGCGUUACCCUGGCCUAUAGAGGCUGGCGGCCAUUAUGCUUGUACACAGAAGCAGACAAGAAGUUAUUUGUGUAAUUUUCAAUGGAUUCUUCGUACUGAAUUUGUGAAUAUUUGACCGCGAUAAUGGAGGUGGAGGGUCAAGUUUUUGGACGGAUGUAGUAACGAUCGCUAAUUUGAUAAUUUUGCAUUGAAUAGUGCUUUAAAGGGACACGAUAUAAGCAAAUAUUCUAAGCAUACCACUAGAUGGAAACGAAACGAAACACAACUAACAAUUGUUAACGUAUUUAGAUUGAGAUAAGUUAUAAAGGUACAUUGGAGAAAGUAUGGGCUACUACAUACUACCUCGCAUUAACCAUUUAUUAAAUUUGUCAAAUGCAUAACAUUUAUCUAUUUAUAUAUUUUAGAUGUAUGUUGAGCAAUUCAUAGCUCAACAUACAUCUAAAAUACAUGUAGGUAGUUUUAAAUAUCUUACAAAAGGGUUGACUUCAGAUCAUUUCUUCAUUUCUAGUUUUUAUUGAAUUAUACCUGCAGUAUAAAUGUAUGUAAACUAUAA